GCUCGGUGAUGCGCUCGGCCUUGGAGGCGGGGCCGGCCGAGCGCUGGCGGAGCUCGGGGGAGUCCCAGCAGCCCGAGGCGGCGGCCGCCCCGCCACCCGCCCGGCCACCUGCCCGGGCGCCUGCCCGGGCGCCGGCGUGGGGACAGGGGAGCGCGGCUGGCCUGCGCCCGUGGUGACCUGGGUGCGCUCGCGGCCCGAGCCGCCCAAGGACCCAGCUGACGUGUCCCCGUGUCCCCAGCGGCCGAGACUGAGUUGACUGCGCGCGAAACUUUUACACGCGCGCCGUGGCGCUGCAGCCAGGAACUGGCCGCCCCUGCCACCCGCCGGGAUCCAGCGCCCGUGGGGAUCGGAGUGGGGGAGAGGCCCGCGCCCCCCCCCCACGCCCUCCUUUGGGGCGCAACCGGGCGGGGCCGGGCCCGGGCGAUGGCCGCAGAGCUGGCGAUGGGCGCCGAGCUGCCCAGUAGCCCGCUGGCCAUCGAGUACGUCAACGACUUCGACCUGAUGAAGUUCGAGGUGAAGAAGGAACCCCCCGAGGCCGAGCGUUUCUGCCACCGCCUGCCUCCCGGCUCGUUGUCCUCGACGCCGCUCAGCACGCCUUGCUCCUCCGUGCCCUCCUCGCCCAGCUUCUGCGCGCCCAGCCCGGGCGCCGGGGCCGGCGGCGGCGCAGCGGGCGGCGGCGGUGCAGCGCAGGCCGGGGGCGCCCCGGGCGCGGCGAGCGGGGGUCCCGGCGCCGUCGGGGGCGCCUCGGGGAAGCCGGCGCUGGAGGAUCUGUACUGGAUGAGCGGCUACCAGCACCACCUGAACCCCGAGGCGCUCAGCCUGACGCCGGAGGACGCGGUGGAGGCGCUCAUCGGCAGCGGCCAGCACGCCGGGCACCACGGCGCGCACCACCCGGCAGCUGCGGCGGCCUACGAGGCCUUCCGGGGCCAGGGCUUCGCGAGCGGCGGCGCGGGGGACGUGGGCGCCGGCCACCCCCACGGCGCGCACCACGGCGCCCACCACCACCACGCGGCUCACCACCACCACCACCACCACCACCACCACCACCACGGCGGCGGCGGCGCGGGCCACCACGUGCGCCUGGAGGAGCGCUUCUCCGACGACCAGCUGGUGUCCAUGUCGGUGCGCGAGCUGAACCGGCAGCUGCGCGGCGUCAGCAAGGAGGAGGUGAUCCGGCUGAAGCAGAAGCGGCGCACGCUCAAGAACCGCGGCUACGCGCAGUCCUGCCGCUUCAAGCGCGUGCAGCAGCGGCACAUCCUGGAGAGCGAGAAGUGCCAGCUGCAGGGCCAGGUGGAGCAGCUGAAGCUGGAGGUGGGGCGCCUGGCCAAGGAGAGGGACCUGUACAAGGAGAAGUACGAGAAGCUGGCGGGCCGCGGCGGCUCCGGGGGCGCGGGCGGGCCCGGCUUCCCGCGGGCGUCCUCGCCGCCGCAGGCCGGGCCCGGCGGGGCCAAGGGCGCGCCCGACUUCUUCCUGUGACUCGGGCCCGAGCCCGCGCCGCCGCCGCCGGGAGAGGCUUAGACCCCGCGGGCCGGGACUAGGACGCGAGGCCGCCCGGAGUCAGCGCCGCCGCUGCGGGCCAGCCCCGGGCACCCGCUCCCGGUCCGCGGGCGCCACACCGGAGGCCCUCCCCGCGCACCUGCCGGGCGGCGGCACCUCCGCGCGGGGAGCGCAGUGAUUUCCAGGAAAGUGGCUCCGGGUCCGACUUCCCCGGGAGCCCCACGUGCACGCCCUCGCUCGUCUCUCCUUCGCCUCCAGUCCUCGCCCUUGUUUACGACUCCGUUUGAAGCGGUCUUGUUUUCGACGUGUUUGUAUUUAUUUCACUUGGCGAUUAGAAAAGGCCCCGGAAGAGGCUCGCUCCUGCCCGCCGGGGUCUCCCUUGGACGUCCGCGUUCCCAGCAUGUGCCGCCCGCCCCGCCCCGCCCCGCCCCGCCCGGUCCCUGGGAGAUGCAGGCCCAGGAGCCGGGGCUGCACCCAGUCCUGCUGCCUGUGGAGGGGGAGGGGGGCUCGGACCCGCGCCGCGCGUUCUCUAUGCACCAGAUGGUACUAUGACUCGGGGAGAUGCAUCUUAUUUAACCUUCAAGAGGAAUGAAAGAGAAAAAAGUGUGACCGCGUUUCUAGCAGAAAAACCAUUUUAAGCGGAGGUUUUGGCCUGAACCUCCCGGCAUGGGGGUGGGUGAAAAAAAAGUGUCUCUAUUUUCAUUUAAAUUGUUUCGUUUUGUUUGUGGGUGUUUUUUUUAAAAAGCCCGAGAGGGUGUUGAGGCCCGCGGUCCUGGC